UCCUCGAAGCAUUUCCUCGAGCAGCUGCCGCGCGCGGGCGGAGCAGAGGCCAUGGCGAUGGCGAAGGCCAAAUCCGCCGCUCUCUCCGUCGCCGACAAGUGCCGGAACAUCCUGGGCGCCAGCUGGGAAGCCCACCUCAACACCAUCAAAGCCGACGCCAAGGGAAGCAAGGGGGAGAUUCACACGUCGAGGGUGCACUACAUGGUCCAGAAAGGCAUGCCCUACUUGAUCGUCCCCGAGAACGACAUACACAACAUUAACAUCAUAAUCGACGAGCGGGGGUCUCUCUCGGUGUCCAGUCCAGUCCCAGGUCGCCUUGCCACCUUGCUCAAGUCACUCAACAAGUUCCCUUCCCGGGUCGCUAUGACCGGCGAUGUCCUGCGCUUAGACGAUACAAAGGUCCCGGUUAUAGCCGAAAGCCUGAAGAAGGCUAUUCUGAAGGAACAUAAGGCUGCCAGCGAAGCUACUUAUGGGGUUUCAACGGUAUUGUCUUCCGCGGGGGCUACUUGUAGGUCACGAAGUGAAGGCCUCCUUAGCUUACUCAAUGAAGAGAGCUCCUACAACAUCUUGAAGUUUGAAAUGGGCUCAUGUGUCUUCAUAGAUUCGUCUGGGAGCAGCCAUAAUAUGGAGCUUGAUAGUUUUGAACUACCAAGGGCCGAUCUGCUAUUGCCAUUUUCUGCGAAGCUGAUUGAUGGUAUCAACCGGAAUGAUGCAAGACGGAGAGCACUCAUACUUUUCUGUUUUGAGUAUUUUGAUGUGACUGCUCGAGAUGCACUCUUGCUCUCCAUUGAUCACCACGGAUUUGAGGUGCUUGCCAAGGUUCCUGCAACAGCUAUUCUUCUUGAUGUCUCUCGGCCCUACCACUGGAAAGAAUUCAGGUUCUCAUUCAAGGAAGCAGUUAAGGAUGUUGAGGGCUUUUGCAGCAUGCUGGUCGAGUUAGAACAAGAAGCUCUGCAUAGCGUAAAGAGCUAUAGCGGAUUAGGUUGAAGGAGAUGGUAGCUCACCCUCAGACCACGGUACACAUCAUUUUGGUCUUCAGCUAUGACAGUAGAUCAUCUGAAGAAUAUGAUCUGACAUUGGGUUAGUAAAUGCUAAGUAGUUUGCAUGAAUUUGCCAGAGUUGCAAACUGACAUUCCAGUUGGGAAUCAAACAGAUAAAAUUUAGACAUAGGUUUGUAUGUCACCCAAAUUUUCAGCCUGUGUGUUUGGCACAGUUCUACA